AUGGUUGUAGACUUGCUGCCCCGCGAUGAGUCGCAAAAUGCGCUCCAGUUUUCGGACUCUGACGAUUCGGAUGAUGAAGACGGCAAUGACGCCAAAGCCUCUGGAAAGCAAUCGGAAGGUGCUGAACAAGAGCAAUACACUGCCGCCACCAGCGCAACUAGCCCACACGAUGCGUCUCCGCCGCACGACACCGCGUCCGUCACGGACGAAAGAGACGUAAACUCGUUUCAAGGCUCGAACAACUCAUUCACGGAUGCCAAGCAACUCGACGAACACGAGGAUGCCACAGAAGUUCAGCGGUUUGAACCGAGCCCAACGCGACCAACACCAAAUAGCGAUUACUUUGACGACGACGUUGCCGACUCGCCCAAGAAGCCUGCGUCUCCACCCAAGCCCGCACCAUCGUCGACGGUGCGUGCCGACAACAACUUUGUUACGGAGGAUUGGGACGAUGAUGACCAACCUGUCGUGGCCAAGGCUCCGUCGAAAGCCCCCCCUCAAGCAGGCGUCGCCGCGGACGCCAACUUUGUCACGGAAGACUGGGAUUGA